AUGGUGUGCGCACAUGUGUCCCUUCAGACGUGGACCUUCGACAGACGUAUAUACUGUGUCGUGGAGUCCGGGGAAGCCAGCGUAACCCCCGUUGCGCCGGAAGAGUCUCUUGUAACAUGGCAGCCCCUAACGGGUGCACGAGUUGUCGUAGAAGCAGGCCGCGCACACCAAGCCAAUUCGGCACUUCUCAGCUGCAUCCCCUCCGCUGCCUCUGCUGCGUUCUUCACCAACGGCAGCCGCUCGUACACGCUUGCGACCGGCCGGCGACGUAAUGUACAAGCCACAGAGUCCGCCUGCGCAAAGGAGACGACGGGGGCGACGGAAACGAAAUAUUUAGUUCAAAGUGCCUCCGCAGCUCAGCUGUACCACAUGCGAAAGAACGAAGAGACCAACGCGCUCCUGCGUCUCGGUUCUACUGCGUGUGCAAAGACGAAAUAUUACUACGUCCACGACACGGAAACUCAGACACGACUGCUCUGCGUCCGCAUUCAUGGUUUCGGCGCCGGCAUGGCCGAGAAUCCGCAGCGGACGCAUUCAGAGGCCAACAUGUCGGUCACCCGGUAG